AUGGAAGCAGAAGAGCAAGAAGAACAAGGGACGUUGUCGGACCCAGGUGUGGAGGCAGAAGUUGCCCGGUUCCAGGCAGUGGUCGUGGGCCAGGAAAGCAUUCCAAACUUGAGACUUUCCAAUAUCCUGCGAAAGCUGCUUGGAAAAGAAAAUGUACAUCGAUAUCUGGAGAUCAAACAUCUUCUGGAAUUUCUCGCCGACCACUACAGUGUUGCCUCUUCCGAUUCCAAUUUAAGAAUGGUGGGCAUCUUCUACGACAUCUUUUCUCUCGAGCCCCUGACAUCCGCCACCGACACCAUUGGCUACAUUCGGACCCAGUAUCCUGAGGUUGUUUUCUGUUUGUACCUCUGUAGCUUCGAGGAAGACCGCUUUUGGGGAGACUUACCAUUCACUUGGCGCACUCGACUCCAACACUACUACACCCUGUACAAGGAGCAAGAACAGGUUCCACUGGAGCCAAGCGUCCGGGAGAUAUUGUAUGAUGUCAUUCACGAGGCCAUGACAAAUGCCAGGGGCUACCAAACUACCAUCAGUAAAGCGGGGAACGUCAAGACCCUUGUAAGGACCGAUUUGACAGCUGAAAGCGGAAAUUCAGUGGGGAAAAAAGGACCUCUUUUUAUAAGUUAUUCUCGUCGUGAUUGGGAGGACUUUGUGCUACCACUGAUCAAUCAACUUCAUGACAAAAAGUAUAGAGUUUGGGUAGAUCAAAACCUUCUCGUCGGUGGCGACGACUGGAUGGAUAAGAUUGGAGAGGCGCUGGAUCAUUGUAAAGCUCUCAUCUUGGUCAUGAGCCCGGAUUCGUUAUCAUCGAAGUAUGUCAAGAUGGAGUACAGGUACUUCUUCAACCACGACAAACUCAUCAUCCCAAUUCUGCAUCGGCCAGUUGACCGAAUCCCUCCAGAGUUGGGCUGUGUACAGCACGUUGAUUUUUGCAGGAACGCUUCAUUACCAAACAAUGGGUUUGCAGAGUCUUGCAAAAAACUGUUCAAGGUUCUAGAAGAGCAGCUGGUGGAGUCAGUCAGUCAAGGUGCAUAA